ACUGCUGGCCCGGCGCGCCGCGCGCAGGCUGCCCGCCUUCCCCGAGCCUCGUCCUCGGCCGCCCGGCCCCUGGCGACGACCCCUCGGCACCCCGGAGGAGCGCGCCCGGACACCGCACCAUGAGGCGCGCCGUGGCCGCCUGGCUCUUGCUUGGCCUCAGCCUCGGAGUCCCUCAGCUCGGUAGAGGUGAUGUCUGUGACCCCAAUCCUUGUGAAAAUGGGGGCAUUUGCUUGUCGGACUUGGCUGGCGAUUCUUUUUCCUGCGAGUGUCCCGAGGGCUUCACAGACCCCAACUGCUCCAGUGUUGUGGAGGUUGCAAGCGAUGAAGAAGAUCCGACCACAGCAGGCCCCUGCACCCCGAACCCGUGCCAUAACGGAGGAACCUGCGAAAUCAGCGAGGCCUACAGAGGAGACACGUUCAUAGGCUACGUGUGCAGAUGCCCCAGGGGCUUCAAGGGGAUCCACUGCCAGCACAACAUCAAUGAAUGUGAAGCUGAGCCUUGCAGAAAUGGUGGGAUCUGCACAGACCUUGUGGCCAACUACUCCUGCGAGUGCCCGGGUGAAUUCAUGGGAAGGAAUUGCCAAUAUAAAUGCUCAGGCCCUUUGGGAAUCGAAGGCGGAAUCAUAUCAAACCAGCAGAUCACAGCUUCGUCCACUCACCGAGCCCUGUUUGGACUCCAGAAAUGGUACCCCUACUAUGCACGUCUCAACAAAAAGGGGCUGAUAAACGCCUGGACGGCUGCAGAAAACGACAGGUGGCCGUGGAUUCAGAUAAACCUGCAGAGGAAGAUGCGAGUGACUGGUGUGAUAACUCAGGGAGCCAAGAGGAUCGGGAGCCCAGAGUACAUAAAAUCCUACAAAAUCGCCUACAGUAAUGACGGGAAGUCGUGGGCCAUGUACAAAGGGAAAGGCACCAAUGAAGAUGUGGUGUUUCGUGGAAAUGUGGAUAACAACACCCCCUAUGCCAACUCUUUCACACCCCCUAUAAAGGCUCAGUAUGUCAGACUGUAUCCCCAAGUUUGUCGAAGGCACUGCACCUUGCGGAUGGAACUCCUGGGCUGCGAACUGUCAGGCUGCUCUGAGCCCCUGGGGAUGAAGUCGGGACACAUACAAGACUAUCAGAUCACUGCCUCCAGCAUCUUCAAAACCCUCAACAUGGACAUGUUCAGCUGGGAGCCGCGGAAAGCGCGGCUGGACAAGCAGGGCAAAGUGAACGCCUGGACCUCCGGCCACAACGACCAGUCGCAGUGGUUGCAGGUGGAUCUUCUUGUCCCUACCAAGGUGACUGGCAUUAUUACACAAGGGGCUAAGGAUUUUGGCCACGUACAAUUUGUGGGUUCCUACAAGCUAGCUUACAGCAACGACGGCGAGCACUGGACCGUGUACCAGGAUGAGAAGCAAAGAAGGGACAAGGUCUUCCAGGGCAAUUUCGACAAUGACACCCACAGAAAAAACGUCAUCAACCCCCCCAUCUCCGCACGGCUCCUGAGGAUCCUGCCUUGGUCCUGGUAUGGCAGGAUCACCCUGCGGUCAGAGCUGCUGGGCUGCACGGAGGAGGAGUGAGGCGCCCCGUCCUCCCCACUCCCCGGGGAGCUUCACGGAAGGGACUGUGCCACGCGCGUAGGAAACGGAAUGUUCGUGCUUCUCAUGAGAAAGUACUCAAAUUAUGGUGGGCCUCUAGCUGUCUUUAGGGAGUCUAAGCCUGCCUUUUCCAUGAGGUCCAUUUGAUUUUUUUUUUAAAUUGUUCACAUCGUAAGUAGCCUCAUAUUAAUUGUGAACCACUUCUCUUUUUUCUGAAUUGUUGUCAUUGGUUGAGAUAUUAGAGAGAGUAGUAGUCUUGACAGCAAAGGGCAAGAUCAUCCCGUUACUUUCAGGUAGGAGUUGACGGAGCUUUUGUGGUCCACGCACACCAUGUACUGUAACGGAUGGCACAGUGUUAGCAAUGAGGAUGCUUUCCUCAGGAGUGACGCCGUUAUCCUGGUUGCUCCCCAGCGCCCACCCAGCACCGUGUUUGUUACAGGAUCUUGGAUCCGUAACGUGCGCACUAAUCAUGACCAUUCUCUUUAUCCAUGCGGAACUUCUAACGGGAGAAUUCUCAUUUUGCUGGUUUUGUUCUGUGUUCCUUAUUAUGUGUAUUACCUGAAGAAAUGCAUUUUUCUCAGUUGAAAUUUCCCCCUUAUUCACCUAAAAAAAAGAUGUCAUGCUUUAUUUAUGGCACAUGACCGAAUAGCAGGUCAAUCAGUGUUUAACAUGAAUAAAGUGAAGCUCCCAUUUAAAUGUUACAGGAAGUUGGCAUUAUGUGAUUUCCAAGUACUUCCUUUAGGGAGACUCCUAUAUUGCCAUUUCAAAGUAUCAUGUCUGUUUCAAUGCAAACCCCAGUUAUGACGGUAUUUAUCUAGCCUUACAUUUACUUUGCAAUAGCAUCAUGAAUUGUUUAGAAAAUCCUUAGCAAGCCACCGUUAAUACAGUACAGCACAGCUUCAUCAAGCCUUCCCACCCUUUGUUCAUGUCCACAUUUCCUGUAAAAGUAAAAUUUGAUUCACAUCUGAAACCAGUGAUUGGUUUCUAGGAAGCGCGCUGUGUAAGUUUUUUUGAUUUUUUUUUCCUUCGUUUUGUUUUGAUUCUUUUUUUGGGGGCGGGGGGGCAAGAAGCAGAAUAUGUACUAAUGACAAUGUAGUAAACCAUUUUCAAGAUGAAAAUUGAUUUCUAUUUAUUUCGCUUCAAAGGUUCUGAAAAAAUAAGCAAUGAUCAUAACACUUUGUGAUUGAUCACGGAGGUGUCAUGGACCUGGCUCUCACUGCUCCCAUCGCCUCCAUAAAUGUCCUCUCAUCCAAUUUAUAACUUUUACAAGGAUUUCUUUUAUAAGGCUUAGACAGUUACUGGAAUUUUAGAUUAAGGGUCCAGGAAAAGCAAAGAUCUUGAGUGUAUGAAAUAUUAAGUUCCUGUGCAAAGCUGCCAAGCUUUCCUUUUCCUUUACCACUUGUGCUGCAUAGCUAAAGCCACUAGGCCCUUCCUGUGUUGCCUGUCCACUGGUCCGCGGCAUUUCCUAACAAUGUAUAUACGGAAUGGUCUUCAGCCAUAGCAGAGUCCCAAGAGAAAGUCAAUCACGGCGAGAUUUUUCAUGCAAGCACAGUGGCCCCAGGGUGGUCCCCUGCCCACAGGCAUCCUUUCUCAGCUGGACACCAGGAACAGCUGUCCUGAAGCCCGUGGAAGGGUGCCAGGCUUUUCUCCCCCGGGACCAAGACUGCUACCUUCUCAAUACUGUUUUUAGAAAACUUGAAAAUUGGAAAUCUAAGGUAUUUUUAAUUGGCUGAGCUUUCAAGCCAUCCUGGAAAUUAACACUUAGAAACAGACAACCACUUCCUGUUGGGCCACUGACGCGCGCCUCCUUCAGCAUUUCACGUCCCACUAUGUCUUAAGGCAUUUUCUAUGUAGAGUAUGCCCCAUCCUAGUGAUGAAAUUAUUUGAGAAGUUCUCAGCAGUGCUUUGUAAUGAUUCACUUUUCCUAAACUACUUGCACUUUCAUAUGAUACUUUCAAUUUUUUUUCUAUUGAUAUCCUUUUUUUAAAAGAAAAAAACUGCACAUUUUCCAAUGGAAUCAGUUAAAAAACCAUGUUUGCUGGCUUUUAGAAAGACAGUAAAAUGGUUUUCUUGUGAUUUGGGCAUUUUUUUAUUUGCCCUUCUCAAUAUGGUGAGCCCAGUGGAACAUCCACUUGCUCUCUGCUGUCAGACAUGGUGACAACACAGGGAUUCCCACCCAUGGACAUGUUGAUAAUUACUGUGAAAUGAAGUAGCACCUUGUCAUUUAUAUCAAGGACAUCAAAGUGAAGCCAAUUUGUUCUGCUUAGGCUCACACUACAGCAAGCAAAAAGUCUCACCAGCAGGAAGUCCAAGUGGAUUGUCCAGCCUAACUUCUAUUGGCCAACCCUAAAAUGUCAAAGUCAUCCUUUAGAAAAGUUGAAUGUUAACCAUUUUUUCUGUGUCCCUUUGAGGCAUCCAUCACCUAUUCCAAUUUGAGGAUUGACUUUCUCUUUUUGAAUAACUUCAUCAAGAUGGGUGUGAUUAUUAUUUUUUUUUUUGGAGAAGUUAGGGUACCAGUGACUGUACCUUUGCUAGUCAACAAAUCAUGAAAUAUGAUACUCAGUGCUGGAGUCUGCCAUGUUGUCAAGUGCACACAUUCAAGCUGUGUAAUCUUCCAGUGUUGUCUUUUUUUUCUUUGUAUAUAGACUUAACUCAUGUAGGAUGUUGUAAAGUCGGUAUGACCUUGUCUAGUCUUCAAAGUUAAAAUAAACUUUCAAAAACCUGGGAAACUUUUGAAGCAGUUAUAAUUAAAUACAUUUGUAAGAAUA